AUGAAAGAUAAGCAUGCUUUAGAGCAGUGGGAGCAUUUUGUUCAAGAAGCCAAUAGGCCCAAUAUACUUAAAGAACCAUGGAGGGCAACCAGUACUAGCCGUCUUUGUAGCGACCACUUCCAAGUAACAGAUUACAUCACCCCUCCUUCAGUGAAUGGGUCAUGUCGACUAAAAAAGUAUGUCAUACCAUCAAAGUCCCAUGACACGGCAACCAUGUUGUUUACAAUACCCAACAAAACAAGAUGCAGGCUGGACCUGUCGAACAAGAGACCAAUCCCCACAACUGAUUUGGAAAACCUCUCGCCUCCAGAAAAAAUCGCCAAAACUGCAUCUACAGAAGAAAAAAGAGAUGAGUUACAAACAAAACUUAGACAAAAAAUUCGCAACUUACAACAGCAAUUACGAAGGUCAAAACAGAAAGUCAAAACUAUGAACGAAGCCAUCAAAGUGUUGGAAGAAAGAUCACUGAUAACUUCAAAAGAAGCAGAAAGUCUGCAAUCAACAUUUGAAAAUAAACAUCUUCAAUUUCUAUAUAAUUUCAAAAACUUAAAGGCAUCACCAUCAGGAAGGAGAUAUUCGGAUGAAAUAAAAGAGUUUGCUGUGACUUUAUACUUUUACUCACCGAAAGCAUACAAAUAUGUUAGAUCCAUUAUCCCAUUGCCAAACCAAUCUUUGAUACGAAAUGGUCAACUUCGUUUAAAUGUGACCCAGGCUUCAUAG